AAGUUUAAAAGUUGUAAGAGUCAGGAGUGUUAAAUCUAUAUUUAGCCAGUUGAUGUCAUUGAGAUGCCAGGCUUUGUAGAGUGCGUGAGACCCCCGGUUUGCCUCCAUACCAGCUACUAUGCAUGGAAAGUCUGUCCAGCAGUAGGAAGGUCAUUCACACUUGUAGCACAGUAGGAGCAAUCCAUUCAAACUGCCUGGCCGUUCUCCAUCCGCAGAACACAGCCUGCAGUAACCUGAAGUAAAGAAGACAAUGUUAUCACACACUGCCCUACAGAAAGAAAGGCGCGCACAAGCCUCAGCCAUCAUGAGGGAGAUUCAGGGAAACGAGUCAGAUGACCUUGACCUAGGAAAAAAAAUAAGUGUCCCCAGAGACAUCAUGCUGGAAGAGCUUUCUCUCCUCAACAACCGAGGAGCAAGACUUUUUAAGAUGAGACAGAGAAGAUCUGACAAAUACACAUUUGAAAACUUUCCUUAUGAAAUGAGGCCACAGACCAAUCAAAACCAGGUUAACCAGAAUGGAAAGGCAGAAGACACCUUUACGGAAUCUAGCCAACAAACAGCUCCACAAACACCUCCUAAUACGCCAGAUCCAAGGAGCCCUCCAAACCCUGAAAAUCUUGCACCAGGAUACACAGGUCCACUUAAAGAAAUUCCUCCAGAAAAAUUCAAUGAGACUGCUGUUCCUAAGUAUUACAUGUCUCCUUGGCAAGAGGCAAUUGUGAAUGACCCAGAUCUGCUAGAAGCUCUAUAUCCUAAAAUGCCCACUCUGGGAAACAAUGUGGAAGCUCCAGACUACAGAAGUUUUAACAGGGCUGCAACUCCAUUUGGGGGAUUUGAAAACGCAUCCAAAAUGAUCACCUUCAAGGUUCCAGAAUUUCACCUUCCUUCUGUGAACGACCUUAUGUUUGACAUGUCUAUAGAUCCUAUCAGGGCAAGAAAGUCCUUUAACAGAGCACCGCAAGGAUGGACAUCGGAAAACCCCCAUAUUAUAGUCUCUUCUGAUUUAAUCUUCAACCCUGAUGUCCCAGAAUCUGAUGAUCUAUAAAAUCUCUAAAGUGAAAUCUUAAGUCAAGAAUGUUUCUUUCCCAUGUACAAUAGCUUAGUUAUGGAUUUUAUGUUUCUCAUUUAUAUAUUGCAGCCUCUAGUAAUACCUGCUUUUCAGAAUAUAUCAUGUUUUAUUUUUUUAACUGGCAUGUUCAGUCCUGUGAUGGUAAAUUGUGGCCUAUGAUCUCUACUUGUUAUCAAUAAAUGUAAUCAAUAAAUCAUAGCGGUGAGUUCACUACUG